AUGUUCCAACUAGUAACUAACUUUUUUCCUUGUGGGGACCAACCGAAAGCCAUUGCCGGGCUAGUUCGGGGUAUCCAACAAGGUCAAAAAGAACAAGUAUUAUUAGGAGCUACCGGCACGGGCAAGACUUUUACCAUGGCUAAUAUUAUUCAACAGACCCAAAAAAGCACUUUAAUUUUGGCUCCUAAUAAGACCUUAGCUAUGCAAAUUUACCAGGAAAUGCAAGGCUUUUUUCCGCACAAUAAGGUAGAAUACUAUGUUUCUUAUUUUGAUUAUUAUCAGCCGGAGGCUUACAAACCCGAGAGCAAUACUUAUAUUAGCAAGAAAGUUCAACGCAAUGCUGGUAUUGCCAAAAUGCGGCUGAAAACAUUAAAUUCUCUUUGGUCGGAUGAUUUUGUAAUCGUAGUGGCCUCAGUAGCCGCAAUUUAUGGUUGUUUUAAUCCCACUUCUUACCGGAGAGUAGUAUUUUAUUUAAAAGUUGGUGAGGAGAUUAGGACCGAAAAAAUUCUGGCAAAAAUAAUCCAUCUUGGUUAUCAGGAGGGGAAAAAUCUUAAUGGUGGGAAUUAUCAGAGGGAGGGGGAUAGUAUUUUUUUCAUGCUGGGUUGGGAAGAGGAUUAUUAUUUUCGGAUAGUUAUUAAUGAUGGCAAAGUUCAGAAAAUAGAAAGGUGGAACAAACAAAUUGGGGAGAAAAUUGCGAGUUUGACGGAAAUUGCUAUUCCGCCGGCUCAGGAUUACGUUGCUGAUUAUGUUAAAGAGGGAGAAGAGUUAGGCAUUGCCGCGGAAGAAAAACUUUUCGCUAAAAUUAGGCAAGAAUUAGCUGCAAGAAAAGAGGAAUUGGCAAAAGGAGGUAAAUUACUCGAAGCCGAAAGGUUAGAAGUCCGCACCAGCCAAGACUUACAAGAUUUAAGAGACCGAGGUUUUUGUCCGGGCAUUGAAAAUUAUGCCCGGUAUUUUGAUGGUCGACAACCAGGCGAAACUCCUUUUGUCUUACUAGAUUAUUUUCCGGAGGGAUUUUUAACUAUUAUUGAUGAAUCACACAUUACGAUUCCUCAGGUUAGAGCCAUGUAUAAUACCGACCGAAGACGCAAGGAAACCUUGGUAAAAUACGGUUUUCGCUUGCCUUCGGCUUUGGAUAAUCGGCCCCUUAAUCAAGAAGAGUUUUUUCAGAAACUUGAUUACGCUCUUUAUGUUUCGGCUACUCCCGGCAAUUUUGAAAUGGCCAAGGUAAAUCAUCAGCCGGUCGAACAAAUUAUCCGUCCCACGGGGCUUUUGGAUCCGGUAGUAGAAGUGCGGAGUUCUGCUAACCAGAUUACGGACAUCAUGCGAGAAAUCGUCGAAAAAGCCAGUCGAGGGGAGAAAGUGCUUAUUUAUGCUUUGACUAUCGUCAUGUCCGAGCAAAUUGCUAGUUAUCUCCGUGAGAAGGAUAUUCGGGUAGUAUAUUUACACAGCCGCUUAGAAAUCUUUGAGCGUUAUCAGGCGAUUACUAGCUUGCGGCGGGGAGUUUAUGAUGUAAUUGUAGGUAUUAAUUUGUUAAAAGAGGGAAUUGAUUUGCCGGAAGUUUCCCUGGUUUGUAUUUUGGAUGCCGACAAGCCCGGAUUUUUGCGAGAUACUCGUUCGCUAAUUCAAAUAAUUGGCCGAGCCUCGCGAAAUAAAAGCGGCAAAGUCAUUCUCUACUCGGACACGGGAGAAAAAACAAAAAAUAUGUUGGGUGCUAUCCAGGAAACUAACCGUCGCCGUCAGAUUCAAGAAGCCCAUAAUUCACAAAAUAAUAUUGUUCCCCAAACCAUUCAAAAGCCAGUUAAGGAUAUAAUUUUAGACCCAGUCAUAACAGCCUCGGUGGAAAGGGCACAAAGGGGAGAAAUGAGUGAAAAAGAAUUGUUAAAGUUGCGAAAAAGUUUGCGGCGGCAAAUGAAAAAAUCCACGCGGGAAUUUCGUUUUGACCGAGCUAUUGUUUUACGUGAUGCUUUGCUAGAUUUGGAAAAAAGUCGGGCAAAAACUGUGAUUUCAAAAACUGUGAUUUAA